CACUGCAUGCUCCGGGAGGAAAUUAUCACCCGAGGACGUACACUCCUCCCGUCCUCCUCCCAGCUCAUACGAAGUCUCUUCUGCUUUGCCGAGAGCCUGGCUUUGAGACUGGGGUGCCGGGUGGUGGGGCGAGCGGCUGCGCGCUUCCAGCAGCAGUAAAACCCCAAAGCGAAGUGCCGAGAGCAGCGGAUCCCCGACCGGCUGCGCGGCCCGACGCUGCCCGAGAGCGCAGGGACCCCGCCAGAUCCUUGCAAGAUUAUGGCAGAGUGUAGCCAUAUGCAAAAACAGCUGGACUUACAGAAUGGUAGCUUAGAGGAGGGCUCAGUGGUGAGUUCCCUGGAGAACCAUUCUGCAGACGUGAUGGAGAACGUAAGCUCCAAGAAAUACUCUUCCAGUCUGAAGUUCAAAGCCAAUGGAGACUAUUCUGGCUCCUAUUUAACCCUCUCACAACCUGUGCCUGCUAAGCGAAGCCCUUCCCCUUUGGGCACCAGUGUCAGAAACAGCCCUUCGCUAGCCAAACUCCAUGGAAGCAAGCAGUUCUCCUGUGAUGGAACUGACAAAAAUAUUUCCACAAAACCUCCCACCCCCUCCCUCAACACUACACCCUCCCAUGGUGGAUAUCCACUCGGGAGAGCAGAGUUUGACCAUUACGGUGGUCGGGAUAGUGAAAGGUCCUUGAGACUCUCCGAGAAGCUUCCUUAUUCCAAAUAUAACUCUAGAAAUAAAUCACAUGACAAUGUGUACUUUCUUGGAGGAGUAGAAGGGAAAAAGGCAUCUGGUUCGCUCCUGACCAUGUGGAAUGGAAGUUCCCUUAGCGACUCUGGACACUCAUCCAUCAGCAGGUCUGGGGCAGCAAGCAUGCCUUCAAGCCCAAAGCAAGCCAGGAAAAUGAGCAUCCAGGACAACCUGACCCCUCAACCCAGGAUAACCAGACACAAGGACCCAGCAUCUGAAAGCAUCAGUUCAAGAACUAGGAAGUAUUCAGGUGGCAGCCUGAGUCACAUGGGAGCCUAUAGCCGAUCACUUCCCAGGUUGUAUAAAGCCACAGAGAACCAGCUGACACCUUUCAGCUUGCCUCCAAGAAGCUCUCUGGGCAAUUCCAAAAGAACCAGACUGGGGGAAAGGGAUCUACCUCAUAGCAUCAUAGAUAGUGACAAUUACCUUAAUUUUUCUUCUUUAAGCUCAGGGGCUUUACCCUAUAAAACCACUGCCUCAGAGGGUAUUCCUUAUGCAAGUUCCACCUUCAGUGUUCCUGCGAGCCCUCGAGUGGCUCGGAAGAUGCUUCUGGCCUCCACCUCCUCCUGUGCCUCUGAUGAUUUUGAUCGGGCGUCCUACUCGGGAACGAGCACAAAUCACUCAUUUUCUGCUGGAGAGCCAGACAGGGUAUUUGUGGCCAGGAGGAACUUCUCUUGUGGCUCCAUGGAGUUUGAUGAUGCUGAGUUGGACAGCCUCAGACAGGUAUCAGGAACUCCCCAGCCUGUGCUACGGGAACGGAAAAGCAGCAUUAGCUCCAUUUCAGGAAGGGAUGACCUGAUGGAUUAUCACCGGCGGCAGAGGGAGGAAAGACUCAGGGAACAGGAGAUGGAGCGACUGGAGAGACAGCGCCUGGAGACCAUCCUCAGUCUCUGUGCCGAGUACACCAAGCCUGACGGCCGCCUGUCCACAGGCACCACUGUGGCCGACGUGCAGAAAAUCAACAAAGAACUAGAGAAGCUGCAGCUCUCUGAUGAGGAGUCUGUGUUUGAAGAAGCCCUGGUGUGCCCUGACACAAGAUACCGGUGCCACCAGAAGGGCUCUGUCCAGGAUGCUGACCUGGUGGGCCUCGGAGGCCUCAGCCAGAGCACUGCCAGCCUCCUGGCCCCCAGGAGCAUGCGGAAUGAUGAACUGCUCAGGGAACUCACCAGAACCCCACCACUACCCACCUCUGCCUUUCUGAAAGCUGCCAGCGAGUCCUCCUACCUAAGUAUCCUACCAAAGACCCCAGAAGGUAUGAGUGAAGAACAGAGGGCUCAGGAAUUGGCUGCAAUGGAGGACACCCGGAUAGUAAUUCUGAACAACCUUGAAGAGCUUAAUCAAAAAAUCAAAGAUAUAAAUGACCAGAUGGAUGAAUCAUCAAGAGAGUUGGAUAUGGAAUGUUCCCUCUUGGACGGAGAGCAGCAAUCCGAGACAACUGAACUAAUGAAGGAGAAGGAGAUUUUGGAUCAUCUAAACCGGAAAAUAGCAGAACUGGAAAAGAACAUCAUUGGUGAAAAGACCAAGGAGAAGGUAAAGCUUGAUGCUGAAAGGGAAAAACUAGAGAGGCUUCAGGAGCUUUACUCCGAGCAGAAGACCCAGCUGGACAAUUGUCCUGAGUCCAUGAGGGAACAGUUGCAGCAACAACUGAAGAGGGACGCUGACCUGUUGGAUGUUGAAAGCAAACACUUUGAAGACCUGGAAUUCCAACAGCUGGAACAUGAGAGCCGUCUGGAUGAGGAAAAGGAGAAUUUAACUCAGCAGCUCCUGCGUGAAGUGGCUGAAUACCAGCGGAACAUCGUCAGCAGAAAGGAGAAAAUUUCUGCAUUAAAAAAGCAAGCGAAUCACAUUGUUCAGCAGGCUCAGAGAGAGCAAGAUCAUUUUGUGAAAGAAAAGAGCAACUUAAAAAUGAUGAUACAAAGAGAAAAGGAGAAUCUUUGUAAUCUGGAAAAGAAAUACUCCAGCCUCUCAGGGGGGAAAGGGUUUCCUAUUAACCCUAAUACUUUAAAGGAGGGCUAUCUCAGUGUAAAUGAAUUUAAUGAGCCACCUGGCCAUUCCACGAAUCUCUCCCCUUCCACUCAGUUCCCUGCUGAUGCUGAUGCUGCUGUCACUGAGCCUGCCUCAGCUGUGCCGGUGAGCCAGCCGCAGAGUCCAGAGCAAAGAUCUCCUGUCUGUUCUGGAUUUAUGUUUCCCUCCACCCUUUCUCUUCAUCCUGUCACUCAACCUCCAUCAGCCCCUUCGCGGGAAGUCAUGGCUACAUCUGUCAAUUUUUCCCCUCUAAAUGAUACACCUCCUCCUCUACCAGCUAAGAAACACAGGAGGCAGCAGCAGCAGGAGCAACAGCACUUUAGAAGUCUGGAAGAAAGGAAAAAACAGCAUAAAGAAGGCCUCUAUCUGAGUGACACUUUGCCUCGAAAGAAAACCACACCUUCCAUCUCCCCACAUUUCAGCAGUGCUACAGUGGGGAGAAGCACCACCCCAAAGGGUCACUUGCCUCUGGGACAGAGCAACAGCUGUGGCAGCGUGCUUCCUCAUUCGCUGGCAACAAUGACCAAAGACGCAGAGUCUCGCAGGAUGCUCAGAGGAAAGUCCAAGAAAGGAAGAAUGAAUUCCUCAGCAGGUUAUAAUCACCAACAGAUGAGUGAAGGACAAAGACAGAAAUCUGAAUUUUACAACCGCACAGCAUCGGAAUCAAACGUCUACUUGAAUAGUUUUCAUUACCUGGAUCAUAGCUACAAGGACCAGGCCUUUGAUACUUUGAGCCUGGACAGCUCGGACAGCAUGGAGACCAGCAUUUCUGCCUGCUCUCCCGACAAUAUCUCUAGUGCCAGCACUUCGAACAUCGCCAGGAUAGAAGAAAUGGAGAGGCUGCUGAAACAGGCUCAUGCAGAAAAGACCCGACUGCUGGAAUCCAGGGAACGGGAAAUGGAAGCCAAAAGACGAGCUCUGGAAGAAGAAAAACGACGCCGAGAAGUCCUGGAAAAACGUCUGCAGGAAGAAACUAGCCAGAGGCAGAAGUUAAUAGAAAAGGAAGUAAAAAUAAGGGAGAAACAAAGGGCACAGGCUCGUCCUCUGACGCGCUAUCUGCCUGUGCGGAAGGAGGACUUUGAUUUACGGAGCCACGUGGAGACUGCUGGCCACAAUAUUGACACCUGUUAUCACGUAUCAAUCACAGAGAAGACUUGCCGAGGGUUCCUCAUCAAAAUGGGUGGAAAAAUUAAAACUUGGAAAAAACGCUGGUUUGUUUUUGAUCGGAAUAAGCGAACAUUUUCUUAUUAUGCAGACAAGCAUGAAGCGAAGUUAAAAGGAGUAAUAUACUUUCAAGCCAUUGAAGAAGUAUAUUAUGAUCACCUCAAGAAUGCUAAUAAGAGCCCUAAUCCGUUGCUCACCUUUAGUGUCAAGACACAUGACAGAAUCUAUUACAUGGUGGCCCCAUCACCGGAAGCCAUGCGGAUCUGGAUGGAUGUUAUAGUUACUGGGGCAGAAGGUUACACUCACUUCUUGUUGUAGUGAAUUGAAGCAAUAGUCCACUUCAGGGCAGACUGCAAUAAUCUCUUACAAUAAUGAAGCCAUAUUCAAUCCCAGAUGGAAAGACCCAGCAAACCCAUGCCCCAACUGUAUGCACUCAGAACUCCUUUCAUAAUGAGAAGCUGUUUGUAGAAAGAAAGAAAGAAGGAAGAGAAUUUUAAUUUGAAGCUUGAUCAUAAAUGGUAAAAGAAUUGAAGCUCCUACAAGAAACACUAUUUUGAAAAAAAUCACUAAAAGAACAUUUCUUAAAAAUCAUUUUUUACCAGUUGGCUUUGGUGAAAUAAACCAGUUUACAAAAUGUCUGUAUAUGUGUACUUGCAAAUAUGGAAUUACUGUAGCACCCAAAUUGUUGGCAUUGACACUAUGGUAAUCAACGGACUUUUCUUUUUUUAAAAGUAUAAUUUUACAAAGAUAAGCAAAUAAAGACUUGGAGAGGAAUAUGCUUUAGGAGUUUUACCUUUAGGAGUACUUUUUAAGUACUCCACCAACACCAAAGAUUUCACAUGACUUCUGUUUGGUAGUAGCUUAAAGUAGUUUAGAGAAAUAGUGAUCCUUUAUAUUUUAAAACAGUAUUUUGAUGCCACCAGGUACCAGGAAAUUGAAUUCUUCACAAUAAACUACUGUGCAUAUAUAGCAAAACACUUUUUGUAAGAGAAAAAAGAAAAACCUGUAUUUUAGAAAAAAGCCAUCUCAGCCAAACUACACAUCACAUUGGGCAAUUUUAAAUAAAGAGAAUAUUUGAUGUGAAGAGCUUGUUUGUGCAUGAUGUCUCCCUUCUCACUGCUGAGAAUGAAGGCAAUAGCUAAUUUCCUUUAGAUUGGCUCAUCUGUCUUUGCUAUAGAGCAGACCUAUCAGUUAUACCCUCACAUGAUAUAGCUGUGAAAUCAUCGUUCUGUUUUCACCAAAGAACACAACAGUUAAAAUAGCUAUAUGCAGAGAUGAUAUAAAGGCAAAAUUCAACUUAACUUUUUUUUGUAUUUUUAAUGUCUUAUAAUUAGACUUGUUUUUAAAUUAAUUUUUGUGAAUGAAAUGACUUCAGGCAAAUCUUCUAUGUAUUUUCAAAUGUCACUUACCCUUUUUUUGUGUUUUGUGUGUUUGCAAGUAUGAAUGUACUCUCUCCUAAAACAUGGUAAAUGACUAGAGGCAUAAAAUAAUGACUUUAUUUACAAGGUUAAAUGAUUAAAAGUGUGUCUAAAAUUUUGUCAGGCCUGACUAGGUACAAUUUUUUAAUGUCUGAAAUAUAUUUUGUAUUCAUGUAUACAUGUUGCCAAUAAAAUUUGCAACUGGAUGACACAAGAUCUUACUUGAACAAUGAAGAACAAAAAUCAUGAUUGUAAAAGAUCUUUUUAAAAAUCGGAUUUUGCAGAGAUCACCCUUAAACACUGUAAUGAUCUCAGAAAAUGAAAUGCAGUAGUUAAAAGUUUGCUGGUUAAAAAUAGUUUUCUGUACUGUGCUUUCUCCAUAGGAUCGUAAGGGUAUUCUAAUCAACUUGCAUGUUGUAAGCCUUUUAAAUAUGUGUUAAACAUAUUGAAUUUGGAUUAAAAUAUUGACCUGAUUUCA